ACAUCCAUCCCUGGAAUUGCUCCGGAAAAUGAGACUCCCGGUGUAGAUUUAAAGGCUGCUGGCUGGAAGACCCUGCAAAUGUCAGUGGAAAGGUCCUUCUGCCCUGUGGCCCAGCCAUGAAUCAAGCGGUCCAUCCGGGAAGUGCUGCUGGCAAAGCCACGCGCCGCACACGCGCCGCACUCUGUUUUUUUCGCACCCUCCGAAAACGAGCAAAACACGAUGUGAUGGCGUGUGAUGUCCGAUGCGUGAGGGAUUUGGACAAGGGAGUGGUAAAAAGACCUAAAUCGGACGUGAAGACCUUUCAUAACGACUGCCAAUCGAAGAAGACCGCCCAAAUCAAAGGUGGAACACCUGGUUUGGACAGUGCACCGAACUGUCAUGGGGAACUGUGUCGGAGGCAGCACAGUGAACUGGCAAGCAAUGUAGGCCCAACCCCAAGUGACCUUUCCUGUUCGAACCGUUCGAGGCGCUUGUGGCAUGAUGCAUCUCAUUCUGCACCAAAAUCAUAGGCCAACUGGUGUCAACGCCGGAGGUCUCUCCUCCUUCCUACCCACACGAGUUCCGUGGUGUUCGACCUGUUAGGGAUCCAGUAGAGUGGUGGAAGAGUCAUAAAUGCAUCAACCCCCCCCCAAACCUUUGUUGCCACGCGCUGGCUGAGCUGCCGUCCGGAACUGAUUGAUUCCCACAUUUGGAGGGUAAAGCCAUGUAAAGUAGACACCCAUACCGGCGCGAUCUUCGGUGGAGUGUCCAGCCCAGCUGCGUGGCCUCGCGCUUGGCCCAAAGAUUCCCAACGUGGAACAAGCACAGUCCGGCCAUGACGCCGGCGGAAGAGGAGGUUCUUCGCGUCCAAGCGGUCAUCGCGGAUGUAGUGCCUCAGAAAGAGCUGGACGAGAGGAGACAGACCGAGAUCGAGGCCGACAGUGAAGGCAAGAUCGCUCGAGAUGAUGCGUCCACGCCAUGUUUCUUGAAGAGACGGCCGCACUUGCUCUGGCUGCCCGUGGCAGGAUACCUCUGUGCGGCCCUGGUCCAUGAUGCCCAAAGGGCACUGGUCCCCGUGUGUCUUGCGGCGGUGAUCGCCGUCUGUCAACUUUGGGAUGCCUUUCGCGCUUGGAGAGGGAAGGACCUGGAAGAAUCCGCAUGCUGGUGGACCUCCCAGGUGGCACCCUUCACACGCUGGAUCCUAGGUGUGCUGAUCCUUGCCAUGCUGGCGCUCUGGGGUACUCUUGCCUGGGAGAAGCCGGAGCGCCUGGUGCCGGGCUGCGGGCUGCUACUGCUGGUGCUUCUCACCUGGCUUUGCUCUGCGCACCGGGGCCAAGUGACCUGGCGCCCGGUGAUCACCGGUAUUUUGCUGCAGAUUCUCAUUGGUCUUUUGAUUAUGCGCACGACUGCGGGCUUCACAGCCUUCAAGCAGACGGGCGACAUGGUGUCCAAUUUUCUGGCGUUUGCCGAUAAGGGCAGUGAAUUUGUCUUUGGAGACGGAUAUAAAGAUUUCUUCGCCUUCAAAGUGCUUCCAGUAGUGAUCUUCUUCAGUAGCAUGGUGGCAGCCGCCUACCACUUGGGGCUGAUCCAAGCCGUCUUUUUGAGGAUCGGUUGGCUGAUGCAACUGGUCAUGGGAACCUCCUAUUGCGAGUCGCUGAUGUCAGCGGCCAACAUCUUCCUAGGGCAGACGGAGGCUCCGCUGUUGGCGAAGCCCUUCCUGCAGCACUUGACCUUGUCAGAGAUCCAUGCGGUGAUGACCGCCGGCUUCGCCAGCAUUGCCGGAGGGGUCAUGGCGGUGCCUUGGGAAGCUAAAACAGAGGUUCCUUGGGAGCUGAAACACCACGUCCAGUCCGGUGCCUUAGAAGGACCACACCUUCUCACCUUCACAUACCACAGAGGACGAUGGAAUCACUCGACUUAAGGGGUGGUGUUCUUGGUGACGGCCAGAAGUAUCAUGACGCAUCAGGCUUUGGGUGUUUUGGAGACCACCUGAAGUGGACUGAAGUGGUCAUAAGAUGUCAGAAGCAUCCAUCACCACUUUUGCCAAGAGUUUCUUCCAUAAAUAGCUUUCCAAGUCUUCCAAGUCUAACUCGAAACGCCUGGGCACCACCGGGUGCCUCCAUCGUGCCGCAGCCGUGGGGGCCCAAAGAUGUUGGCCCCAUGCGCGCGGCGCGCAACGCCCACGCUCCCCGCACGCGGCGAAGCCGUGGGCUUCGGCUCAAGCCAUCGGUGGUGUCCCAUGAGACGGAGGAAGAGACGCACUUUGCCUUCGGCCUCCUGCACUGGGUGACGCUGGCCGUGGGCUUCUUCGGGCUCGUGGCGAUGCUGCUGCAGGUGAAGCUCUUGUCCUCCGAGCGCCGCGCCGAGCUGACCCUCCUCACCCCCUUCACGCGCCACACGCCGCCGCCCCUCGCACUCGCGGCGAACACGCCGCACGCGCCGCAUGGCGCGGACCCCGCCACGGCGGAGCUGGCGCGGCAGCUGGACGCCAUGCAGCGCACGGAGCGCCCGCCGCGGGCGCUGCGCCGCGCGGCGCCGACCGCGUCGGCGGAGGUGCCGACCGCGAAGACCACGGCGCCGACGGACGCCGUGGGCGAGGCAACGACGAUGGCGCCGGCCGAGCGCAGCAUGAAGAGGUGGUGCGAUUGGUCAAGACAUCCUGGGAAGUAUCUGGGAGAGUUGCUGGAUGAAGGGAAGGA